GCUUUUCCUGUAGCCUUUUCAGCGUUGCUAGGCUCGUAUACGGUAGGCAGGUUACAUAAUUGUCCUGCCUCCUGGGUGUUGGUUCACCUCUGACGGGUCUUCAAUGCGAUACGACCAUUAAAUCCGUUGAAAAUUAUUCACAAUACCUGUCGAGUGGCAUGCCAUUUACGUUGGUUAUUUGAGGAAUUACGUAAUGUAACUUGAAGAUAUAAAGCUACUUUAGUAGAGUUGAAAAACUACAGUACAUAGAACAUGGAUAAUCAAUAUGGGUAUUCCGGUGACAUGUACAACCGGCAUGUUCUCGGGGAGGACAGCUCUGUAAUGGCUCGCAUGCAGAAGAAGUUCUGGAAAACCAAGCAGGUUCUCAUCAAAGCAACGGGGAAGAAAGAAGAUGAAUAUGUGGUGGCUUCAGAUGCAGACCUAGAUGCAAAACUGGAGUUUUUUGGAUCUGUUCAGACGACUUGCACAGAACUUCUGAGAGUUAUUGAGAAGUACCAGCAGAGAAUAAACUGUUUAUCCCAGGAGGAGAACGAGCUGGGGUUGUUUCUCAAGUUUCAGGCAGAGCGGGACAAAACCAAAGCAGCCAACAUUAUGGAUGCCACCAGCAAGGCAUUGUGCACAUCAGCAAAGCAAAGGAUAGCGCUGUGCACUUCGCUGCACCGGAUGGAACAAGAAGUGGAAACGUUCCGGCGACGCGCCAUCGCCGACAGUCUGAUCACUGUGGACCGCAUGGAAAAGGCCCGCACCGAAUACAGGGGUGCCUUACUCUGGAUGAAGGAUGUCUCUCAGGAACUGGAUCCAGACACUUAUAAACAGCUGGAGAAAUUCAGGAAGGUCCAAGCGCAGGUGAGAAACACCAAGACACAGUUUGAUAAACUGAAGAAUGACGUGUGCCAGAAAGUAGAUGUUUUGGGAGCAAGUCGCUGCAACAUGCUUUCACAUUCCCUUGGCACCUACCAGACCGCACAGCUGCACUUUUGGGAGAAAACGGCUCAGAUGAUGUCAGAAAUCCAAGAAGCUUUUAAAGGUUACAUACCGUAUGAGUUCACUACUCUGAAGGAUUUACAAGAUCCACUGGACCAGUUAACAGAAGAUCAAAAACAUGAGAAGAUGACCAAGGACUCAAUAGCUAACGACCUAGAUAAUUCUGUGUUCAUCAAAGAUGAUGUUCAUUUAAGAGCGCUAUUUAAUCAAACAUUGAUUUCACUGGAUGAAGAAAAUCCCAUGAAAUCUGGAACCAAUGAAGCCCAAAGUGCCGAAAUCCAAAGCAAAGGCAGUGAUAGUUCCUUAUUCCCAAGCCUUGACAAUGUCCCGAAGGACCAUUUCGCUGACCUCCAAGAAGGAGAGGAUUCCGACAGGAAUGACAUGUCCUUCCUGAAGGACCUGCUGAGCCCGGGACCACUGGGGUCUGACGAGUUCAGCCGGGAGUGGAAUAAUGCAUUUGGAAGCUUUGAGCACAGUCCAGCCCCAGCAUCCGGACCAGCCUCAUCACCAGAGCAGCCUUCGAGCCCGACUGGAUUCCUCCCCUCCCAGCUCCUCGAUCGCAGCCUCAGCGCAACAGGUUGGACAACACCUCCCAUGUUUCAAGCACAGCCCAUGCAGACCCCUCGGGCCUCGUCCCAGCCGGCAAUCCUGCCAGUGCCUCACCAGAACUUACCAAAGAUGCCACAAAAGGCUUCAAAGAGCACCCCUCGAGACAUGUCGGCCUGGUUUAACCUGUUUGCUGACCUGGACCCCCUUUCAAACCCGGAUGCCAUUGGCCGCACUGAUGAUGAGCUGUUGACUGCCUGAAGAAGAUUGUGUCCCAUAGUCAGGCGUGUGUGAGAUUUGCUGUUUUAACACCAUCAGCUCUGUGUACCACAGGGAUCAUUGCUUUCCAGAGGGGAUUACACAAAUAGACACCAAUCUAUUUCUUUUUUUUUUUUUAACACAAUUGCAAUCUAUGGUAAGAACAGAAAUGAUCACCCCCCCCCCCUCCCCAUAGAUUGCUACAUUUAAGACUGGGAGCUUUUUUAAAAACUAGUAAACUGGUGUAAUCUAGUUGCCAAAUGGAUUGCUGUUAUUUAAAAAAGAACCUUUUUUAAAAACAAAUUAACAACCUUCAGUAUCAUUCUCUACCUGUACUAUCUUCCUAGUGGUAGAAGAUAUAAUGUAUAAGUGUAAUGUAGUUAUAGGGAAACCAUUUGCUAAUCAAGAUGUUCAACCUUUCAUUUUGCAGUAAACCAGUGCAAAUAUCCGUCUCGCUUUCUUGAAGAGAUUACGAGUCUUUUUUUUCUGUUUAUAAAGAAAGUUAACAUUUUUGAUCCGCAAGUCUGCCACUGAGAGUGUUUGUUCUUCAGCAAGUCACUUUUGAUAGAUCCCACCCAUCUCUAAACCUUGGAACAAGAAGUGCCCGACACAAGGGAUAAAUUUAACCCUCUAUCUCUGGGGUUUCCUACUACUAGUAAUCCAAAGAAACUCACAUCCCUAAGAAGUGCUAUGCUUGGUACACAGACGAUGUGUUGUCUGUCUAUCUGCAGAGUUAUUGUAUUGUUUUAGAGAUGCUGCUUUUUUGUUUGUUUUGUUUUUUACGCCUUUUCAGUCCAGGCUUCAUUCAUUCUCAAAUCUCUUCCAAAAUGUCUUUUUCAGGAAACCUGCCUUGAUGCAGAUGACAUUUGUUGACUCUGAUUUUUGCCAGGAAAGUUUCCAGAAUGCACAGUGGCUGGCUUAGUAUAUUACUAAUUUAAUGUUUAAACCUCUCUGUUUUGUAGAUGUAUUUUAUAAAUCUAAUUCAAAAUAAACACUUACCAUGAAUCAAUCAAUAAAAUAUUACAUGCUAGGUCAUAGCAUAAUGCAUUAACUAUAACUGGAACAUGGUCUCAAAACACACAUAGAAACACUGGACUGAAAAGGCAUCCUGAUAUUUUUAUGGAUUAUUUGCCUUUUUUUGGUCUGUGUCUUCAAACAGAGAAACUGUGAUUAACUGAAAUGAAGCAAUGCACUAAACUAGAAAUCAGAACUUGAAGGAUAGAACAGCUGACAUGGUAGAUUAGAAAUUGGUGUUAAUGUUAAAACUGCCCUUAACUGAACACAUUAAAAAAAAAAAAAACACACAUCUCUCCUCCUAAUUGCUUCCGUGGCUGGGAGAACAGUGGAAAAAUAAGUUUUGGCUUUAGAAACGUUGUUUUGUUUUUAUUAUUGUCAAAAUUUAAAAAGAUUCAUUAUUGCUAGGGGAGUAGGUAUUUUGUGAACAACGUUAACCGUUUCUCUGUUUAUUACCAAAAAUACAUUAGACUUGGUAAUAGAUCUGCAGUUACAGGCUUCUGAGGACUCCUUUCUUAUACGACCUGACUUGCCUGUACUUAAUACAGCUAGUCAGUUAUGCACAGCAGUUCUAAAUAUGUCAGGCAUCUUUCCUGGCUGUAUUACUGUUCAGACAGACAACCUAGAAGUUUGGUUACAUUAUAUUAUUGGUUAAAAAAAGAGGGAUGAUUCAUUUUAAAGGAUGUUGUGCUGUUACAAUUUGGGGACAACAACUUGUGUUUGAAGUCUACAUUGAAAUGUUGUUUGUUGUUUUUUUUGUUAUUUUGGUGCCUGAAGAAGAAAUAUUGAAGGUACAGCAUCUGUUUAUAAAACAUGUUCUGUAAGCACUACCUAAUCCAUUGAACUGUUACAAAAGGGCAUGUUUUCACUGUAUAACCACUAACUGUUACCUAUACUUGUGCUCUGAUGUUUUAAGUAAGACUGGGAUUAUGUCCCCUAAAAAGUAUGACCAAGUACUGCAUGUUGCAGUCAUUUUAAAUUGGCACAUUACCACUUUGUAUGCUGCAGCCAGGAUGAGAACACCAUAUUAGAGACUAGGAUAAUAAGUACUUUAAGAUGUUUAUUUUUGGGAGGAUUUCAGUACUACUACAGUGUAUAUUUGCAGGGACUUAAUAUAAAAUGAAGUUCUCUGCAUGCACCUGAUUUACAGCAGUAUCUGCAGUGACACACCACAGGUUCACAAGAGGGCUGCAUUUAUCCUGAACCCAUUUCAAAUAAAACGUGUGCGCAUGUAAAGACUGACCCCAGUAGUUACCCUGCAGUAAUGAUUUAGAACUUUUAGGAUUUAGGUGAACACAGAAUUCAUUUGAUGCAGUUAUUUAUUCAACACUGUCCUUCAUAGUGGAACAUGUUUUACAGAGAGCUGACCCUUCAAGUGUUUUGUUGUUUUACAAUAUUUUGUUGUGCAACUGCAAUUUAAAGCUGCAGUAUUACUUUUCUUUUGUGUGUUUGGAAAGAAACUUUUUUUUUUUUAUGGUACUUGGUGUUUAGUUUGAAUGAAAAUUCUUGUGUUCAACAUUUAGAUUUUUUUUUUAUGGGAAGAAAGGGGAUGCUGCAGUUUUCAAACUGCUGUGUUUUUCUUUUAACACUGGAAAGAAUGUAAACUGUAUUCUAACACUUUUGUAUUUAUAUACCUAUUUAAAUGAAAAAGUCCUUGUGUUUAUUUAGAUCUUCAACUUUGUAAAGAAUUUAUCUUGGAAUCUAUGUAUACAUACAUAAAUAUAUAUCUAUUAAAAUGUAAGCCUUUCAGCAA